UGUAUGGGGGGUGGGGGGCAAACUGGAGAAGUCCUCAGCCCAUUAUUAUCUGUACCAACCUCGGAGUAUCAACUAAUUAGAAUCAACUCUACCGUACACGUUUUGACAUAACCCGCUUGAACAGUGGUCUUCAGAUUAUGGCCUGUUGGUUCCUGCCGGUCUGAUUUCCACCGCAACCCUUCCGCAUUUUCCUGCCGCUCUCGGGCUGUGACGUGUCGUGCUGACGGCGGCCUCGGAGCUGGAGGAGCGGGGGGCUGUAGCAUGACAAGAUCUGGCUCCAGACGCCCUGCUUUGCUUUCAGCGGAGCUCCAGAAACAACCCUUAACCCCUCCUUCUCUGCUCCUCUCCGGCCCGCCCAAAUAACACAAAAUUCCCGACUGAAUCCUGCCCGAGUCUGGGGGAACCAGGCGGCCUGGGAAGCCGAGAAGCGGACAGAGGCCAUCCCUGCAGCACAAAUCUGCUGUUCAGUAACAAAUGCAGUGCGAGGACAAUGGAUGAGGAUGUCACCAGGCUUGCAAUACAUUCUGAAGAGCCUAAAAUAAUAUUGCACGGAUCGGAUGAGGGUGGUGCUGGCGGGCAGGAGUUUGUUGUGGAGCUUCAAGAGACUGUGUUGGUGUCGGAAGGUGAGGGGGAAGGCAUGGCAGUUCACAGGUUUGCCCCAGACGAGUUAGUCAUCCAGGAUGCUGUUGAGGAUGUGGUUUCUGAGUAUGUACACUGCGAUGAAGAUGAAGAUGUCGCUGUAGAAACCUGCGUGAUGGCUCUGGAGGGCGAGGAGGAAGGUGUUGCCAUGGGAGACAUCCCUGAAGAUGGGCUGGACCCAGAGCAGCAGGACGACGACCAAGAUGGCUGUGGAGAUUAUCUAAUGAUAUCCUUGGACGAAGCAGGUAAAAUGGUGUCCGAGGAUGGAACGGAGGUAACAGUGGAGGGGGCCGUGGAGGACCAGGAAGUGGAGAAGGAUGAGGAUGGGCAGGAGGUCAUCAAGGUCUACAUCUUCAAGGCUGAUUCUGGGGAGGACGACAUGGGAGAAUCGGUUGACAUCAGUGAUGGAGACACAGAGAGUGUGGCAUUAACUGAAUCUUCAGGCCAAACGCUCAGAGAGAAGAUGGUUUACAUGUCUGUCGGGGAUUCGCAUCACAAUCAAGGAAACCAUGGUGGGCCCAAGGUGACUGAUGAGGUAUAUAUGGAGGUGGUGGUAGGAGGUGAAGAGCCAGUUACUCACGACCGCUCGUAUGACAGCGUGUCUCUAAGCAAGGACUUCAUGCCUGUGGCCUGGGCAGCUGCUUAUGGUGCGGACGAUAGCGAGAGUUGUGAAAACCGCAACGGUGCAGCCAGUGCACUGCUGCACAUCGACGAAUCAGACGGGGUGGAUGAGAUCAAUAGACAACGCAACAAAAGCAAGAGACGGUCGGAGCCUCGACAGGUCCAGACAGCCAUCAUCAUUGGUCCGUAUGGUCAGCCUCUGACAGUUUACCCCUGUAUGCUUUGUGGUAAAAAGUUCAAAUCACGAGGCUUCCUGAAACGCCACACCAAGAACCAUCACCAGGAUGUUCUGACCAGGAAAAAGUACCAAUGCACAGACUGUGACUUCACCACCAACAAGAAGGCCAGUCUCCACAACCACAUGGAGGUGCACGCUCUGAGCAGCAAGGCUCCGUUCGAGUGUGAAAUGUGUGGCAAGGAGUUCCACCAGCAGGCGGCGCUGUUCUCUCACAGACUGCAGCAUCACCACCGAGAGCCCAAGAGCCAGCCGCCUCCACCGCCCACCAAGAUGCAUAAAUGCAAGUUCUGUGACUAUGAAACUGCUGAGCAAGGACUGCUCAAUCGGCACUUAUUGGCCGUUCACAGUAAAAGUUUCCCCCACAUCUGCGUGGAAUGUGGAAAAGGCUUUCGACAUCCUUCAGAGUUGAAGAAACACAUGCGCACACACACGGGCGAGAAGCCUUACUCCUGCCUGUACUGCGACUACAAGUCGGCAGAUUCCUCUAAUCUCAAGACACACAUCAAGACUAAGCAUAGCAAAGAGAUGCCAUAUAAGUGUGAGCGCUGUUUCCAGACCUUUGCAGAGGAGGAGGAGUUAAUGCAGCACGGACUGACCCACGAGGAGAAUAAGACCCACCAUUGUGCCCACUGUGAUCACAAAAGUUCCAACUCCAGUGACCUGAAACGCCAUAUCAUAUCUGUUCACACCAAGGACUAUCCACACAAAUGUGCUGUCUGUGGGAAAGGCUUCCACCGGCCGUCUGAACUGAAGAAGCACUCAAUGUCCCACCGCACCAAGAAACUCCAUCAGUGCCGGCACUGCAACUUUAAAAUUGCAGACCCUUUUGUUCUCAGUCGCCAUAUCUUGUCUGUCCACACGAAGGAACAACAGGCCUCUCCUGAAAAGAGUGAGGGUAAGAGGACAGAGACGCACACCCCUGUUGUGACACCUAAGAAGUCUGCACCUAGUGGGUCCAGUGGCUCUGGCCCUCCCGCUAGAGUCAGUGCAGCCAGUUUAGCCAGCAGUGUGACUGUAGUUAUUGGCAAAGGACAGAAAGAACGGAGAAUUUACCAGUGCCAGUACUGUGACUACAGCACCGGGGAUGCCUCGGGUUUCAAGCGACACGUGAUUUCCAUUCACACGAAAGACUACCCGCACCGCUGCGAGAUCUGUUCGAAAGGAUUCCGGCGACCGUCGGAGAAGAACCAGCAUAUCAUGCGCCACCACAAGGACGUGGUGCAGACAGAGUGACUCUGACCGAGCCAAAUACUGUGCCACAGCAUAGAACAAUGUUGAAGCAACCAUCACACCCCAAUCACUGCACCCUCAGCACAACACCUUUCACAUUGAAAUAAUGUGGUGCGUGUGCGUGCUGCACUUAGUCCGUUCUGUUGUUUUGCUCUUUUUUUUUUUUUUUUGACCCUCAGCCUAAUGUUUGUUCAGAAAUGUAUACAUAUGUACAUAACAUUAAUGCUCUGUCAGAGUUAGCAACAGAACCCCCUCUGUAGACUUGCACUUUUAACUGCAUGUCCCUUGCUGGUGACAGUGUGCAUGGCAGAUUGUGCAGAUUGUCUCUUUGUAGAUACACAUUUUUGAUUUUGCAGGCAGCAAUCAGUUCUCGGUCAGAAUGGUCCUAAUUAUUUGUCUCAAAACUGAAGUAUAGUUUGCGAAACGUUUGCGUCAUUUUGUUAAAAUGUACUAAACGCAGCAGUAAGGAUUAGCAACUUGUUCCCAGUAGCACUUGCCAUCUUGGUAAAGAUCAUGAUAAAUGCAGUAAUCAAGUCAUGUAUGGCUAUUGUGGGUGCGUGUGUGUGUGUGAGAGUGUGAGCUGGAGAGUGAGUGACAAGAAAGCAUCUGUUGUGCUUCCUGGUGCUCUGACCCCACCACUCUGUAACAUAAUGCUCUUUGUUGUGUUAACAAAAACACAAGGCCGGCUGUGUACAGCACCCAGAGAACAAAAACCCUAUCAUUCUUAGUUUCAUCAACAGGGGAUCUGCGAACAUUUAAUUAACACAAAAUACACAGUGAAGUAGUGGAUGUGUCAUAGCAGUGAAUAAAAGUUCACAUAUGCACCUGUAUCGCGAUGCGAUCCUUACCCCACCACUGGAUUGGUUGUCACAUACUUGUUCGAUUUUUCUGUUUCAAGUCAGUAAGUGUACUGUAAAUUGUUCAGAACAAGUGCCCAAAGCAGUUGAGGUGAAGCACUGACUGACAGUAUUUUUUAAUCCAGUAAAGCUACCUGAAGAGUGGAAAUUAAUUUGAAAAAGAAAAUUUGCGUGACGAUAAGCUGUUCGUACGGAUGGUUUCUUUAUCUAUGAACAAAUUUGCUUUUCAUAUCACAGAAAAAGCUAAAUUUACAAGCAUCAGUAUGAUACCAAUAUUAGGCUGGGUUUAAAAAAAAAACAUUUACAUUAGUGUCCCAAUAUUAACUGUCUGGCCUAAAUACAGUAUAUCUGGUGCUUCUGUCAUGAAACUAUGAACUCUUAAUUUUCGCCAACACAGAUGUACUUUUGCCAGUAGAAAGGGAAAAUGUAUAUCUUUUUAGAUGCAACUUCAGAAGACGGGUGCUGGUGGUGUACUUGUACUAUGGCUUUUUACAUUUUUGUUAUCACCUGUGAUCAUUUCUGUUUUUAUAUUUAUUUCAUUUACAAGUUGUUGUAUAGUUAAGUGUAUCUAGACUUCUAUGGGACGUAAAUUAUUGUUUUGUAUACAAAUCUGUACAAAGCGUGUAGAUGUAAACACUUGAUAAAAAGGAAAUCUGAACUGUGUUGUUAUGGAUGUACUUCAACGUAUUUGUUAAAAAAAGGUAAUAAAAGCAAAGUAUUUUA